AUGCAAAAACACAAAGGACAGAGGAAUGGUAGCAUGUGUGAGCCGUUGUUGCCAUCACUGUGGGGGCUGGGUCAUCCAGGGUGGCACAUUGAGUGCUCAGUGAUGGCAUUUCCACACCAUGACAAUGAGAUCGCACAGUCAGAGCCAUGGAAUGGAAAGAUGGACUAUAAGGAGGCAUUAGUUCAGGAGGUGCACAGUGUCAAGACUGCAAUCCAUAACUUUUUCACCCUUAUCAAGGUGUUGAUUGCCAAGUCAAAUGUUGCUCUGACGGCUGGAGACCAAAGUCACGGAUACCAUGGGGAGGAGAAGGAACUGGUUGCACAACGAAUAGUUCUAUAUCAUUCAAAGAAGAAGUCAAUUGCAAACAUCUCGGUUAUGCAAGUUGUGGCAUUGUGGGUGAUGAAGAUGCUUAGAAUGUUUGGCCUCAGCAAGGGCAAUCAAGCAGGCCUAGGGGGAGGGAUUGGCUGGGGCAAGGCUGCAACCAGGGAGGUUGAUAAUGUGGACCUAACUCAGUGUGCGAAUCCCAUAAUACUGAUGUGGGCACAUGAUGAAAAGGCAGUGGCUGCAGCAGAGAAGAACCAACUUGCCCCAAGCAAGAUGUUCAAGCAUCUGCAUGUGCCUGAAGGGAUGUAUGGAUCUUGGGAUGAGGAGGGUUUGCCAUUAAUGGAAGGAGAGGGACAGUGGUUGAGUACUAGUAAGCACAAGAUCAAGAAGAACAAGAAGUGGUUGGAUGAGCAGAAGAAGAUGCAUGGGGAAUGGAAGAAGUGGCAGGAGGAAGAGGGUGGGCAAGCAUGA